AUGAAAAACUUCAUCCUGUUUUGUCUACUAUUAAGCUUUGCUUGCUGUACAAUUUCACUACUAAACGCCUCAUAUGAAAAGAGUCUUUAAAAAAAUCUUAAAAUUGUGCUAGAUGAUAAAUUCAGAGCUUCAAUGCAUAUUGAAACUAUUGGAGUGACCAAUGUAAAAUUUGAUUUAUAAACUAGGUUUACUUAUUUUACAUCUCCUGAUUGCUAAGACUGCUAUCUAUUUACAGAAGAAAAUGAAUUAACUCCAUAUAGUUGUUUGCCUUAAAAUAGUUGUCUUGUAGUAGGCUAAUUCACAAACUUUUAAAUAAGCUAAGAUUAUUUUGCUAGUGGAGACAUAAUCGAUGUACCAAUCGUGAUAGACGGUACAAUUUUAUAUCUUUAAGGCGUUUAUCAUGUUAAAUAUAUCAAACCUACUAGUCUAAAUCCUUAAAAAUACGACUCACAGAGAAUAGGUUUGCUCUUAUAUUCAAUUCCAAGUGCUCGACUAGAAUCUUAAGUUCUUCUUUCUCUUUUUAAUUAGGGAAAAAUUGAUAAACUCGGUUAUUCAAUUUACUACACAGAUAAUAGUUAUCAUUUAAUAAUCCCUGGGUAUGAUACAUAGCUUGUUUAUUAACCAUUUUAUAACUUAACUAGUGUAAGUCAUUUGUAUUAUAAUGAAACCAUUAUUAAAAAUUUUAAUGGGCAGCUCCUAUUUUGCAGAGAGCUACUAAACACUAGUCAGGUUGUUGUAUAAAUUGAUCCAACUUUUGAUGAUUCUUUUUUCUAAUUUCAUAAGCACCGCCUAGACGACUUUAUAUAAAUAAUAAAUGAAAAAAGACUUUAACCAGAUAUGUCGAUUUUCACAGCAGACCAACUAGGUAAAUGGAGCUAUUUAGUCAAUGAUUUCACUUUUGAUAUCAAUAUAUUAAUUGACUAAUCUGGAGAUUUUCCUAAAAAACCAUUUUUAGAGCUCUAAUAUACUUCAUAACAAUUUAUGGAGUAAAAAAACAACUAUUAUAUGCCUAAAUUAAAAUUCUUAGAUAUCAAUUAGGAUUAUUUGCCAUUAGGAAAGCGAGUAUUCAGCUAAUACUUGUUUUAUACCUAUUAAGAUGAAAACAUGAACUAUAAAUAUGCUUUAACGCCAUUGAAACCAAAAAAAUAGUUAAGAUAGGUUGGCUGA